AUUGAUACUUGAAAAAAUGACGGCUGCUCAACUGGCAAUUAUUAACAAGGAAUUUCCACAACAUUUUUCAUUGCGUGGAGGUACAGUGACAAUUCAUCCAGUUAACGUUUCAACUUAUACUUGUAAGUCUUCUACGGAACUUACGUUUGAAAAAUUUUCACUAUUAGAUGAUCCAAGUGUAAAAUGCUUACCAAAAUUAAAGAACCACACUGUCUUCGAAUUAUGUUUCUCCACGAAUAUUUCACUGACAAGCCAUUACGAAGUAUCAUUAUAUUGUUUUCAAAAGCCUUGUAGAUUAAUUCAUGUGAAAACUGUGAAUAUGAAUAAAAUUUUACAGUCAAGUACAUGUAAUUUCGAUAUACAUAAUUUGACAACAAAUGCUUUAAAUGAAAUUUGCCAAUCUUACUUACUUUGCACUCAAAUUUGUCGCAAAGCGGUUCCUUAUAAUUUAAAAAAAGAACCAUCAUUUCAUCCAAGUCAGAUGACCGAUUGUUCCCAGCUUUUAGACGACAAUGCUAUCGUAAUUUUCAAAUUCAUUCAUGAAAACAGGGAAUUUUGGGUACAUAAAGAGAUUCUUUCUGCAAAGUCGCCUCUAUUUCUUGCCAUGUUUAAAGGUGAAAUUAAAGAAAAGAGCCAAAAUCAGAUAAUUAUCGAAGACAUAGAUUCAAAUUUACUUCAGGAAAUGGUGCGAUAUAUUUACUCAGAUACUGUAAAGGAGUUAACAAAAUACGCCGAGAAACUUUUAAAAGUAGCAGACAAGUACGAUAUACCGAAACUUAAAUUACUUUGUAGUGAGGAAUUGUCUAGAUCUUUAAAGAUAAAAAACGUGAUACAUUUACUUGAACUUGCUGAUCAAUGCCAUGAAAGCAGCCUGAAGGAGAAAACGUUAAAGUUCAUACAAAGUAACGUAAAACUAAUUUUGCAAACUGAAAAUUACAAAAUAUGGUGUCAAACAGCCCCAGGAUAUCUCAUGGCUGAGAUACUGGAGACUAUUGUUAAUUGCAGAAAAAGGAAGAGUAGAAGAAAAAAAGAAUAAUUCUAUUCUUUUAAAUAUGUCGAUUAGCAAGCUAUUUUCAAUUCCAUUUCAGAUAGUACAAAAAAUUCGUUAGAUUUCCUGAAACUCGCAAUGAAAGAUUGGAGAGUUUGGAAGAUUACAUAACCUAAUUCGAUGCUCAGUAGUUUUUUUUACCCCUUGGAAUUCAAAAAUGAUACAAAUUUUAUUUAUUUUUUCGCUUUAUUUUUUUUUUCAUAAAUAUGAAAAAUGAUAAUUAUAUGUAUGUUCGUAAGUUACAUAAAACUUCCAAACUUUCCUGAGCCUCACUGUGCAAUAUUUCCUGAAAUUUUCCCUAACCUCUCGAUGCUAUAUUCUCAACUUUACGUUGCAAAUUUCAGGAAAACUUCAUGGAGUUUUUUUUUGUGUUAUAUGGGUCCCUUCUAAUUAUAAACAUUUACAUGUUUUUUAUUUUGUUGAAGUAAUUAUUGAGUUAAAAGGUCUAAAAACACUGUAUUGUUUAAUUUACAUCUUUAUUAUUGAUUUACGGUUAAAAACCGUGGUGAAAAGUAAUUUUUUACUUUAUGUAUCACGAUUUAUUUUUCAGUUCUGAAUUUUUCAAAUUCUGAAAUUU